AUGGACAUAUAUAUGCAGUACACCUUAGUUUACCCCGAAGAGUCUCCAGUCUCAACAGGGACUUCGUGGACUCUACGACAAACCGGCGUCUUCAACCGCUUUGUAUCGUCCAUGAGAACACAAAAUCAGGCCUCGAUACCGAUCGAUCAAGAGGGUCCAUCAUCAACACAGCCUUCAAAUCCAAAUCUCCUCAUCCUCCUCCACCCGAAGCAAAAUUCAAUUCUCCAAACCCGACUCACCCAUAGCCGCAGCACAAACCCCUUCAUACAACCAUUUUUCACGACUCACCUCCUCAUCUUAUCAACCUACCUGCCAAGUUGGCGCUUCUACAUUUCUCACCUAAACACCAAGCUAGAAUCAAUAGCUGAUAUAGCACUGACCCUACAAUUCACAAAACCAUCACACUCGACAGAAGCGUACACUCAACUCCGUGCUCUGAAACACCUUGAAGAUCAAGUUCUUCCCUUGACAGCAAGAUUUCAAACCACACUUGCCACGAUUAGGAAAUUGCUUGAUGCAAACGAUCUGUUUCAUUCCAGGCAAUGGUCUGAUACUACAACGUGUCAAGAGAUACGUGAUGAACUGCAAGCACACGAAACGUAUAUGAAUGGCCACCUCAUAACCGUUACACUUCUUCAAAAACGCGUUAGCGAAAUUUUGAACUUGUUGAAUAUCGCCUUAUCACUCAAAAAUCAAGGCACAUCCGUGCAGAUAAACGAACAUAUGCUUGCUUUGACUAAAGACACCGUGGACGACAGCGCAAGCGUACGUGUUGUGACAAUUGUGACUUUGAUAUAUCUUCCUGCGAGUUUCGUUAGUUCAUUUCUAGGAAUGAAUCUAUUCGACUUCAACGCUGAAGGUGGAGGCUUUGGCAUGUCGUCUAAAUUCUGGGUUUUCUUUGUGAUGGCUAUACCUCUUACUAUGGUUACGAUUGGGAUAUGGUUUUAUAUCUCGCAAAAGAAGAGGAACAAGAUUAGAGCAGAGGAAGAUGGUCUAUUCAUAGGAGGUAGGUAA